AUGACGAUAGGCCCUAACAAAGGAAUAAUAACUGUAUUGGUAGCAGAUGUUAGUAGUGAUGGCAUACUCGGUUUGGAUAAUCUCACUAAGAUGGGAGCCAGCAUUGAUCUUAAUAAUUUCCAACUAACUACAAAAUGGGGAAAAGUCGAAUGCAGUAAUGAAACUGGCAAGAAGUUAUUCUGUCGUAUAGUUGCGUCAGAAACCACUACUAUCCCAGCUGGUAACGAAGCUGUGAUCCUUGGAACAACGAAAGAAAGAAUCAAACCAAACACAUUGGGCUUAAUAGAGGCUGGAAACGCCCAACAUCAACUUAUGAAGAAAGGUAUCAUUACUGCAAGGGCAUUAAUCACAAUGGGCGAGGAUUUGGUGCCUGUUAGAGUAUUUAACCCUUCUUCAUCAAACAAAGUCAUAAUGAAGAAUACACCUAUCGCUACCAUGACAGAAAUAGAUAGGAAUGAGAUCCAAGAAGUUCCCAAAUACACCACUGUUAGUGAUGGAAAGGUACAAGACCACUUAAGAGACCUAUUAAACAGAAGUACAGAAGGAGUGGCAACUGAGUAUCACCACGAAAUAGAAAAGUUGUUGAUAGAAUUUCAAGAUAUCUUUUCCAAGGGAGAUGACGACAUUGGAAGAACAAAUCUGGUUCAACACAAGAUUGAUACUGGAACUCAGAGACCUAUCAGACAACGCCCACGCAAACACCCAUUUGGACAAAGAGAAGAAAUCAAGAAGCAAGUAGAUGAUCUACUUGAAAAGGAACUUAUCGAACCAACUGACAGCCCUUGGGCUUCAAACAUUGUGCUCGUCAAGAAAAAGGAUGGAUCCCAGCGAUUCUGCGUAGAUUAUCGACAGCUGAAUGCUGCCACAAUCAAAGACGCAUAUAUCCCUUACCUAUAG